AUUUAGAAAGAUUUGACGUGAUAAGAACAUUGUUCGUUCUUACAAGUUUCACUUUUACGGAGUAGUUUAAGCUUUUUAGAAUCCAUGUAUAGUUUAAUGACGAUGUUGACGUGACAAAAUUCUGAAAAUAUUGCAGACUUCUAAUCUAAAUUAUCUUUAUAAUGUUCCUAGUAGGCUUGACAGGUGGAAUAGCCACUGGAAAAAGUGCUGUGGCUGGUGUAUUUCGCGAACAUGGCAUACCCGUCAUUGAUGCCGAUGCGAUAGCCCGUAAAGUUGUGGAACCAGGAAAACCAGCUUGGCAUAAAAUACAAAUGGAAUUUGGUCCUGAGGUAUUUCUCAGUACAAAAAAACUUGAUAGAGCCAAACUAGGCGAUAUUAUUUUCAAUGAUGUUGAAAAAAGAAAAAAAUUAAAUGCUAUUACCCAUCCAGACAUAUAUAGAGAAAUAUAUUGGCAAACAUUUAAAUAUUUUGUACAGGGCCAUUCAUUUAUAGUUCUGGAAUUACCGUUACUCUUUGAAUCAGGACAUAUGUUGAAUUACUUGCAUAAGAUUAUUGUUGUAACUUGCGAAGAGGAUUUACAAUUACAAAGAUUAAUAGAACGUACGGGAUUUACAGAAGCUAAAGCAAAACUAAGAAUAGAAGCUCAAAUGUCUUUAGAAAAAAAAGCAGAUAUGGCAAAUUUUGUAAUAGAAAAUUCAGGAACCGAACGUGAUACUAGAGAACAAACUAUUAAAGUAAUUAAUGUAUUGAGAUGUUCAAAGUACCAUUGGAAAUUACGUUUUAUAGUCGGUUUUUGUUGCACUGUUCUUUUAGCUGGUGCAUAUUGGUUAAGAAACAGAUCAUUUAAAUCCUUGCCUGCAACAACAUAGAAAUAAAUUUUAACAAAAGUUACAGCACGAAUUCUGAUAACGAUGAAGAAUGUAUUAAGCCAAAUAUGUUAAUUUAAUUAAUCUUCCUAUUUUUAAAAGAAAUGCAAUAACUGCAUACAUAUAUGCAUCGACACAUUGCUAUCUUCUUUUAUAUAUAUAUAUACACAGUAUAUAUACAUAUAUUUUAAAGUAAAAAAUGAAAUAUAUCGAUUCGUCGAUAAUCAAAUAUACGUACUGAAAAAUGCAAGACAGUGUUCUUCACAAUAAACGAUUACAGUACUGUACAUAUCAAAGAUCUAAGAAACCAAAAAUAAUGUUAUGUGUAUAAAUAAUGAUAUAAAUUACAAGCUACUUCCAUUUUAUAUACAAUUAAAAAUCUUAGAAACACAAGAAAAACUGUACGAUUAUUACAUCAGAAGGAAUAUGUAGAAUGAAAAUAAUAACUUUGUAACAUUACGUAUAGCAUAACGCAACUAAAAUAUAUUUUUGUUCUUAUCUAAAACAGAAAUAAUUAAUACUUUGGUUUUUACCAAAUAUAUAUUGUAGUAUAAUAUAUAUUUUUUUUUAUCAACUAUUUUAUGUAUUAAGAUUAUUCUUCUUUAUAGCUAAUUUUAUUCAAUUGCAUUUAUGCUAUAUAAGCUGAAGUUAAAAUAUACCAUAGAUUGUACUCAUAUCAAUGAAAGAAAAAAAAUGUAAUAUGUGGUGGUACGUUUAAUAAAGAUUCGGGAUUUUUAACAACA